UACUGAGUUUCAGAGGGAAGCAGAUCGAGCAAGAGAACGCGCGUGCUUCAGAGUUCAGACCCCAUCCCAUCCCUUCUCGCCGGCGGCCAUAGUUUUUCUCGUCUACCACGCGUAGCUCCCGCAUUAUCAAAGAUGUUUGACGACCAAGACCUCGGAUUUUUCGCCAAUUUCCUCGGCAUCUUCAUCUUCCUCCUGGUGAUUGCCUAUCACUACGUCGUUGCCGACCCGAAAUACGAAGGCAACAACUGAGAAUGGAGUGGUCUGGUUUUACUUGUAUCCUGUUUAGAUAAGAAGCUUUAUUAGAGAACACUAUACAGCAGUUUCCAAAACUUGUUCUUUGCUACCUAGAAUACAUCUGAACUUGUGAACUGUCCUGUAUCACUCGAUCACCAUUAUCCCAAUUAAUGCAGGAACACCAAUAGUUUCAAAACUUUCCAUUG